AUGAGUUACGGAUUACCCCGAAAAAAACCAGCAUCCGAUGCUGACCUGUCGAAAGGAUUAGGAACACAAUGGCGAGCUAUCCUGUUUGCUUGGAAAAUGUUGGCUUUAACUUUGGGAAUCUUCCUCUUCGGUGCAGUAAUUACAAUUUUGGUCUUACUUCUGCAACAUUCGAGCUGUUCAGCACCGAGCUCCGCUGUUCCACAAUUUUCCAAUUCGUCGAUGGAUAGUGAUGGUCUAAUUCCGGUUACCUCCUCAUUUUCUGACUCAGCGAUGAACGGUAACGGUCUACCAUUCAAUGAUCUGAGAUUCGUCACACGGGACGAGUGGGGCGGCGCACUGCCAACGGAACGCCUAGAAGAAUUGAAACAUCCGGUUCCUUAUGUGAUCAUCAGUCACACCGCAACGGACUUUUGCGACACGCAGUCGACGUGCACAUUUCGGGUCCGCUUCGCCCAGACGUUUCACAUGGAGUCACGAAAUUGGUCGGAUAUUACUUACAAUUUUUUGAUCGGCGGGGAUGCUUGCGCCUACAUUGGACGCGGCUGGGACCAUGUCGGGGCACAUACGUACGGUUACAACACGAGGAGCAUUGGAAUCUCUUUCAUUGGCACAUACAAUACCGUUGCGCCCUCGGAUCACCAGAUGCACGCACUUGAGCAACUUAUUGAGAUAGGAGUAAAGUCCGGGAAAAUUGCAGCCGAUUAUAAACUUUUAGGGCAUCGUCAAGUUUCCAAAACUCUGAGCCCUGGUGACGCGUUGUAUAAUAUUAUAAAAACGUGGCCACAUUGGUCCCCUACGCCGUAAUACUGUACGAGUAUAGUGGAUAACUAUUACACAAAUUAGCAAAGCGCUUUUUGAAGUAUGAGCUUUUUUAGAAUUGAUAAUCUUUGCCAAAAAAAUUCUAUACUGUUACCCUCAUGAAUUUGAGUAGUCCACUCCCAAAUUUAUAAGUGAAGUAUAAGUAACAAUAAAUCGGAAAAACGGUUUUUGCACGAAACUUUUCAUCGUCAUUAAAAGGUAAGAGUCUGUCGGUUCGCCCGACAAACUACCGUAAUGAUCUCGCAAAGGACCGAGUGAAAAAUCUGGAACUGAUAGGACUUGGCAGCUAGAUGAAAAAGUUUUGAAAGAACAAUUAAAAAAACAAGAUAUUUAUAAAUU